AUGCGGGACUACACUCCCGAACUCGACGCCGCGCGCGAGCUCAUGGAGGAGCUCCGCCGACACAUGCGCGCCUUCGACCAAGGCCGUCUGGCCUUCCAGCCUCCUGUCCUUGACAACGCCACUGGCACGCCGUGGCGCGGCGAGGACACGCAGGGCCUCAGAAAGUUUACGGACGCGAUUGAGCAGCAGGAUGCGCAGCUUCAGACGCUCGCAAAGUCGGAUGAUCCACCGCGCGAGGAUCCCCUCCCGGUCAUCCAGGGCCUCGCGACGGCCUGGAAAUGUCUGGUCCUCGCGGCCACCCCCGUCCCCGCCGUCCGCAUGUCCAGCAAACUCCCCGCAUCAGGCAAUCAACCCGCCCGCGAGGGGUUCGUCGACGUGGUCGCCCGCGGCGGCGCCGAGUGGAUACGGAUAUACAGCAAGAAGGUGUCGACACUCCUGGCCGAGUUCCGAGAGUACGACUCAUACCUCACCGACUCGGAUGACGAGGGGCCAAAUACUCCCAAGGCAGCCUCGUUCCAGCCCAACGUGCUCACACGCCUCGUCGACGACCUCCUCGCAUUAGCUGCGGGAGUCGAGCGCAUUCCAGGUGCCGUGGCACCGCGGCUCACUCUCCGCCUCACGCGGAUCGAGGAGAACCCCGAGGGAGGGCAUCCCGAUUUGCGUGUUGGUCAGACCUUGGAUGCGAUCCGGGCCCGCGGCGUACACCUCGUCUUUGGCGACCUGUCCGACAUUCCCUUCUCCCGCCUUCCCACCAGCCUCCCAGACGCCCGGACAGUCACCCCAUCACGGCGGCUCAACCUCGACCCGACCGCGCUCAUGGGCCUCUGCUCCGACCUCUUACACCACCCCCUCCCGGCGACACCAGACGAAGCUCGUGCGCGCUUUUACCGCCCCCAGACGGUGGUUGAGGAGGCGGGACACGCGGGCGGCGGGCGCGGCAGCUGGGAUGGCGCAGGAGAGGCGGACGCGGCGCAGAGCCAGAACUCGCGAGAACUCGUGCGCGCCCUGCUCGAAGAGACGACUGAGCCUUUAGUGGAGGUUAUCCGGGACACACUCGAGGCCACGUCUAAUGGACAGGAGAUUGAGCUCUGGGCCACCCAAGAGGCGAUCACGUACCUCCAGGAGACGAUCAGCUCUGAGGCUCUGGUCGGCGAGGGAUUGGAGCAGCGGCGUAUGCGCCGCCUCACUGGUCUGGAAGACGGCGAUUUCUGGGAAGGAAGCCGGUACGCAGGCAAGGCGGGUUGUCUUGCCAAAAUGCGGCUACACGUCUUCGACGACGAUUGCAGCAUCGACAUGCUGACCAAGGAAGUCGAGGAACAUGGCCUCGAGUCAGUAUCGCGCCGCCUCGAGAGCCCUUUGGCUCUAGGCAAAAGCCUUUGUGCAGAUGGCAUGACAUCGUUCCACGCGACCACAGCGGCGGCAUGCACGACCUUUGUGGCCGAGUACCUCUCUGUCGUCUCGAAGGGGAUGAGUGCGGCGCCAGCCCUGCCCGGUUUCCUGAACCCGCGCCGCCUGCCCGCUCCUCGCGUCGCGCAAAUCUCGACGCCCUUUACUGUUGUCGCAUUACACUCGCUCUCCCGCGGCGCAGCAGAGGGCAUGACCACGCUGAGUAUGGGCCACGUCGUCUUCCGUGAGCUAUUCGCCCAACCCCGCUGGCGCACAAAGGGCUGGGCGCAGGGGAGUUAUGAACUUGAGCGAACAGCAAUAGACACGGUGAUUGGUGACAUGGAGGCCUUGUCCGUGGAUGAUGGCGGGGUGCUCGAAACCACUCCGGGAGCACCAGUACACGCCGUCACGUGGAUCUUACCGUAUAGGUCACUUGGGGAGGCCAAGCGCGUCAAGUUUGCCGCGGGAGAUUACUCGUUUCCCCGUUUCGUGCAACGCGUCCUCAAGGAUGGAGAACGGGCUUUGUCGCGCACUGCCACACCUACGCCGACUGUUUGA